AUGCAGGCGACGGUGAGCGACUUGCAAUCGAAAUUUCACAAAGCGAAACCAACGUUUUACCCCUCUAGACAGCGGUUCUCACUGCCCUUGAAAGCUGGCGAGAAGAAAGCGACCUCCCUGGCAGCUGGCAAAAAGCUGUCAGACUACGAUGUCAAGGAUGGAUCUGUCCUGAUCUUCAAGGACUUGGGGCCACAGAUUGGCUACUCGACGGUGUUCUUCUGGGAGUACUUUGGCCCCUUGGUGGUCUAUGCUCUCUUCUACUUCCUGCCGUCGGUCUUCUACCCCACCUACAAGAAUAUCCCCGACAAGCACCCUGUGCAGACAAUGGCUGUGGCGUACUGGAGCUUCCACUAUGCCAAGAGGAUCUUCGAGACAUUCUUUGUGCACAGGUUCAGCCACGGCACCAUGCCGCUGACCAACCUGUUCAAGAACUGCGGUUACUACUGGGGCUUUGCCGCCUUUGUAUCCUACUUUGUCAACCACCCUCUCUACACCGCUCCCAGCACCGAGGUCGCCUACAUCCUCUUUGGGAUCGCAAUGCUGUGCCAGUUCGCCAACCUCACGACUCACGUGAUCCAGCGGAACCUGCGUCCCCCCGGCGGUAAGGGCUACGCAAUCCCGCGCGGCUUCGGCUUCGACUACAUUACCUGCGCCAACUACACGUUUGAGAUCUACGGCUGGAUCCUGUUUGCGGCCGCCACCUGGACGCUGCCCGCGCUCAUCUUCAUCACUGCCGGCGCCGCCCAGAUGGCCAUCUGGGCCAAGGCCAAGCACGCCCGCCUGCGCAAGAUCUUCGAUGGCAAGGACGGACGGGCGAAGUACCCAAAGCGCUGGAUCAUGCUGCCUCCUUUCUUCUGA